AUUAGCGCCUCCCUCACCCCGCCCAGGCUGCCGACUUCUUUCACGACGACACUUCCUGCUCGUCUAUCUUAUUCUCCACGUUGUUGGUGGCCGUCAUGGGGCAGUUCAAUCAGGGCGGUUUCUUCAACUCCCCCCAGAGGCCCCAGACGCAGCCCGGCCGUCGCAACGUCUUCCUUCGUUUCGACGACGAUGACUUCGAUGAUUUCUUCGAUGACGACGACGACGAUUCCCUGGAAGACCUUUACGAAGACCUCUACGAUGAUGAUGCCCACGACCGCGCCCAGGCUCGCGCCGCCCUCACCCGCCUCAGGGCAUCCGGCGCCAUCACCGGCAACAGCUUCAGGAACAACAGGUUUAUCCCAAACAGGGGCUUCAGGAACAACAAUGGUUUCAGAACAUCAGGCUUUAACAACAAUGGCUUCAGAACUUCAAGCUUCAACAACAAUGGUUUCUCCAAUAGCUUCCCCUCCAAUUCCCGAUCCACUGGAUUCAACUCGAACAACAGAUUCGGCACCAACAACCGCGCUAGCACCUUCAACAACAACAACAACAACCGGUUCGCAUCAACCCCGACUAGAACCAACAGCUUUAACACCAACCGUUUCCCAAGCAACACCAACAGCCACUUCGGAGGCUCCAACACUUUCAACAGCGGCUUCGGGCGGCCCCUCUCCUCCUCCAACCCAUUCACCACCAAGAGGAGCAGCGGGUCCUCCUUCUCCAGCAGCGAGUCCCUCAACGCCAUCCCCGGCAGUAGCGACACCAAGAGCACCUCGUCCUCGCCGUUCAAGUCCUUCAACUCGAACCUCAACCGACUUGGAGGCAACGGCUACUUCUUCUCCAUGAAGACCCACGGCGCCGAGCCCGUCACUUACUUCAUUCGCUACGACGACUAGGGCGCAGACCUUCCCAAAGAGAGACAACUCCAUUUCUCAACAUGUGAUACAGUGGAAUAUACAUAUGUGUAUAAUUAAAGUCUAUAUACUUAACAUUAUUUUGCCUAAAACUAGGUUUUAGCUUUUAAUUAAUCUGUAUUUAUAACAAAUGUUUUAUCCAGGAAAGAGUAGCUCCUCCGGUUUUUGUAACUGAAAUUUUCCUCUAAAGCGAAACCACUUUCGAGUACAUCCCAUUAUGUUCCUUCUUUUCAGUAAGAACGAUCAUUUUAUUUGGGACAACGAAAAUAAUAAAUAUAUUGUACUAU